AUGAGGGUGUGUGUGAUGAGACCUGAUCCACACACACCUGAGGAGGUGAGAGCUGUAGCACUCUCCCUCUCUCUCUCUCUCUCUGAGCGGACGAACACGCGGCGGUGGCGCUGCGUUGGACCUGACUGCAUGCCUAACCCCAGUUUUUGUAUCUCCACACAGUUUGUGUCUGAUGAUGAUGAUGAUGAUGAUGAUGUCAGUGUUGAUUUCUACUCCAGUAUUUUUGUAGAAGAAGAAGGACAGGUGGAGGUGUGGUCGAAGCGUUCACACUCUCGGACCUUUUUGUCUGCUUCCAGUUUUCUAACGUUUUUUAAAGGUGUGGACCGUGAACACAAACUAAGAAGCAAAAAAUUUCACACUGGGAACACUGGUUCCUGUUUGAGUUUCUUUUUGAACACGAUGGCGUCCCAGAGGAUGACCAGAGACGGGAGCAGCCAUAUUCACUCAGCACACACACGGGGACGGUUCGAGCUCACAGACCUUUGUUCGUUUUAG